AUGGUCUCCAAUAAGACACUCGUUUUCGCAAAAUCCCCUGUAGGCCUUCCAGUGCCGGGCGAGAACAUCAAACUGGUCGAUCGGCCAUUGGACAUCGAUCAUAUACCUUCCGGCGGCUUUGUAGCUCGCAUCUUGUACUCAUCCUUCGACCCGUACCUCAGACACAAAUUGGUCGAACCGCAUGAAGCCAGGGAAUUCGAGCCCUUUGAUAUCGGUGCACCUAUAGUCAAUGGCGCUGUGGUGGAGGUUCUCAGAGCCGACAAGUCAUCCACCUUCAAGACAGGUGACAAGUUGGUCGGCAUGACACCGAUUGCCGAGUACGCAACGGUCGACGAGGAAGCAUCAAAGCAGUUCCAGUUGAUUCGCAAUCCGUACAACUUGGACUUGAAGCUGUUCUUGGGCCCUUUGGGGUUACCUGGUAUCACGGCGUAUUCUGCCCUGUAUGAAGUCGCAAAGCCCAAGAAAGGCGAGACCAUUUUCAUCUCAGCGGCCAGCGGUGCCGUUGGUCAGAUGGUCGGACAAUUGGCGCUCCGGGAAGGUCUCACGGUGAUAGGAAGCGUUGGGAGUGAUGAGAAACUAGAAAUCAUCAAGAACAAGUUCGGGUUUCAAGGUGGUUUCAACUACAAAAAGGCCAACAUCGUUGAGGAACUGAAGAGUCUCGCUCCUCGAGGCAUUGACAUUUAUUACGACAAUGUCGGCGGUGAACAGCUAGAAGCGGCUAUUACGGUCUUGAAGGACUGGGGAAGGAUAGUCGCUUGUGGCGCCGCUUCUCAGUACAGCAUCCCAUAUGACAAACAGUAUGGCAUAAGAAACACGGGGGUCAUCGUGUCCAAGCGGAUCACGUGGCGUGGGUUUACGGUGUUCGACGACGGCUUUUGGAAUAAAUACGGCGAGGAACACCAGAAGAAUGUGCAGGAAUGGAUCAAGGAAGGAUCCAUCAAGCCUGUCUUGAGCGUGACGAAAGGUAUCGACAACGCUGCGGAAGGACUUGUGACUCUCUUCAAAGGGGAGAAUGUUGGCAAAGCUGUGCUUGAGAUCACUGCAUCAUAG